AUGGCCACACUGACUCGUGAGGAGAUGCUCAUCGCGGCUCUUAAUAAAGCCCAGGGUAACACCACUAAGAACCGCAGCGUCGUGUGCGUGCUAGUGGGUCCUGGUGCUGCGGGCAAGACUACAACCGCACGUUCCCUACAAAACAUUGAGUUUUCUGAGGAGCGUGUUUCCACGCGAGGUGGCGAUCGCAUGGACUUGCUGUGUCAGCUAGACCAAGACCACGUGAUAGUAGACAAGAAUGCUUUCGUCAAGGUCGGGGGCGUUAAUCACACGUCGCGCGGCCUUAAGGUGGAAGAUCACGCUGGAGAUGGUCAAGACUUUAAUGCCGGGCGAGAAGGCUAUGAGUUCCAGUCCAUGGUUGAAGCAGAAGCACGUUUGCAGCUGGACUUGCCUGAGGUCGACGAUGAUGAGGAUAAUCUGAUUGAACUCGACAGUGAUGUCACGACUGAGGCUAAAGGUCGUGGGCGUAAUCGUCGCCGCAACAAGAAGGUCAAGGACAAGAGCAAAGAAGUUGACAAGAACGGUACCUCAAGUCCUCGACGUCGCUUUUCUGCCACCCAGCCUCAGGUGGCUGAAAAGGCGCAAAUGACUCGUGCACAGCAACAAGUUAUCUUGGCGUCAAUGGAUGAUUCACAGGCUGAAGGCACACACGUCAACUUCUUUGACAUGGGUGGUCAACUCGAGUUCAAGUCUCUUGUUGAGGGUUUUUUGCGCUCAGGCAACGUUAUCUGCAUCUUCUUCACCAUGACGGAGCUUCUGGCCAAUCUGCAGAAUGCUCAGAGUCUUCAUCCAGACGACAACUACACGGGUCUUGAGCAUUUCAUGUCCUGGUGCAAUUCAGUUGUCUCGACUUCGAGCUACGGGCCGGUAUUUCUCGUUGGCACCUACGCUGAUGCCGUACCCGACCAAGCUGACCGCCAAACCAUUUCAGAUGGCAUCCGCCGAGAGUUGGCGCAGCGUUAUCACGAGAUUCGUGAUCGCAUUGUGGCGCCGAGUUCGAACGAACCCGGUGCCAGCGCCCUCUACUACUUUCCCGUCGACAACACCCGCUCAGGCGAGGAUGCAGGUGUACAACAACUGCGUGCUCAGCUGCAAGAUGCACUCAACUCAAGCCGGAUUGCCAACAUGGAGGUGCCAUUGGAACUUCGCAUGUGGCAGGAUCUUAUCAAUACCCUAGCUUACCCAGUAAAGGAGGAGGCGGUCAUGAGUGCUGCGUGCCAUGCCAUACGGCAGCGUCAUGGUCGCCCUCUUGAGGGUUUGGGAUCCAUCACCCUGCGCGACCUGGCUGAGUUGUACGAUGAGACCUUCCAGACUAGCCAACGUACCUCUACCACCGACGCUGACUUUCGCAAGUGGGUUGAUGCAAUCCAUGCGCUAGGUACCAUCACACAUUUCAACUCGGCGCACCUUGAAAAUGUGGUUGUCCUCAACCCCAUUGAGCCGCUCAGCUAUAUGACGCUUCUGGUGCGGGAUUUUCGUCUCCAUCGCUUGGCGCUGGAUAACGAGGUCGAAUUUAGCGACGACUUCAAGUUGUUGCGAGAUGAGGGUGUGCUCGUUCCUGAGCUGGUGCGCCAUUUUUUGGGGCGUGCUUCUGAGGCGGAUACGCGACUGCGCAAUCUUGACGAGCAGCAACAGCAACAGAUUCUGGCACUCAUGAUGCAGUUCAAAGUAGCAGUACCCAUCACAUACGGAACGGGCGCUGCUUAUCUGCUCCCGGGUCUAUUACCACAACGGCAACCCACGCUGGUCGACCAAAAUAUUCGACCAACCGAGAUCAACGAGAUGAUUGCAGAUGUGUUGAAGGGCUCUUUUUUUUCUUUGAAAUACGACAUCUUGAUUGGUGCCAACGAUGACAUCCUGCUGCCG